AUGGCUCUUAACAAGUACAUGCAUCAACGCAAUAUUUACAAGCACAAAAAGCCUAAUUUUAAGGAAUUGGCUAAACAGUUUGAUUUCUUUGAUGCAGUGGCUGAGAAAGAUGAAUGUGGUCGGGUUCAACUUGAUUUUAGAGUACCGUCUCAUCUAGCUGCAUUAUCCAAAGCAUUGUUGAUCAAGGAUUUUAAUCUAAACGUAGAUUUUCCAGGUGAUCGCUUAAUACCGACUGUUCCUCUGCGUCUGAACUACAUUUUGUGGCUAGAAGAUUUGUUAAAAGGCUUUCAAAGGUUUUCGGAGCCCAUAAAGAUUUUGGACAUUGGAGUUGGAGCAUCUUGCAUUUAUCCAUUACUGGGAUCAAGAAAAAACUCAUGGAAGUUUUUUGGUACCGAAAGUGAUAUGAGAAACUUUAGUCUAGCCAAAGAAAACGUUGACAAAAACAAUUUGAGUGAAGACAUUAAGUUAUUUCAUGUGGCUGAGAAUGCUUCAUCGUUGGAUCUUAUCUUUGGUUCAAAUGGUGAGAAUGAAUCUAAGAAUACAACGUAUUUACAUGCCGUUAUGGCGAAUCCUCCGUUUUUCAGUGAUGCAUCAGAUGCUGUAGGUUCUAACACUUGUCGAUCACUAAACAGACCUCCGCCGAAAACUGUUUCCUCCGCUGCUAGACAUGAAAGUCAGACAACCGGAGGUGAAGUCUACUUUUGUAUGCGUUUAAUUCGUGAAAGCCUUCGUUACUCAACUCGUGUGGGUGUAUUCACUAUUAUGUUGGGUAAAAAGUCAAGUGUCCCUUUAAUUCGUCGAAUAAUGAACAAGUUGAAAAUAACUCAAAUGUCCGUGUAUGAAAUGUGUCAAGGUAGAAUAAUGCGCUGGGGUGUUGCAUGGACUUUUCUGCCUAAUUUUCCAUUUCCUGAAUCUGAUUUUCGUCGACUUCGUAAAAUGGAACGUCCUCCUCUGACAUACCAAUUACCAAAUCCAGUAUCUUGUCUUCGUGAAAAUACAGUAGAAGCUCUUCUAGAUUGGUUAAGAUGUGAAUUUAAACAGUUGGGGAUGAAAGUAUUGGAUCAAAAAAAUCGUGCAGAAUUAGGCGGUGUACACUUAAAUAUCACAGCUACAGUAAAUACAUGGACACAUGUUAGACGUAAACGACGAGAAGCUCAACGUCUACUCAUAUCUAAUCAAAUCGACGCAAAAAAUAAUGGAAAUUCAACAAAUAAUGAUUGUAAUUCUACUGAAGAACCUAUGGAAGUUGGUGUUGUUAUAGAUGUUAAUCCUAAAAAUCCACUAAAACGUAUUCAUCAUAAUGAUUCAUUUGAAAUAGAAUCUAUAUCAACAUCAACAUUACAAACAACAACUACAGAGAUGGGAACAGACAUAUCAGUGAUAGAAAUAGCUAAUCAAUCAAAGCGUAUACGAAAAUUAACUCAUGCAGAGAUAUGUGAAGAAGGCGAAGAUGCUUGGGACAAUGGAGAUGAGCAUGAUUAUAAUGAUAAUAAUAAUACUUGUUCAAGUAAGAUGUUAUCUACACCUUCUUCUACUGAUUCAUGUACACAUUUGAUUCAAGCAAAUGUAUUUGUUGAAUAUUUGAACACAGAUUCAUUUCAAACAAAUGAGUUAAUAUCAUCAUCGAUGUCAACGUCUUGUCUAUUUCCGAAUGGAAUAAACAACAACGAUUAUGGUGAUAAUAUUCAAAAGAAUGAGAAGAGUAGACAAGAUGCGAGUGACAAUGGUAAUGAUCAUGUUACUGAUAACGCCACUGCUGUUGAUGA